GUGAGCACGACGCCCCUGAUAUUUAUCCUCAGCCCGGGCACCGACCCAGUGGCCGAUGUGAUCCGCUUCGCCGAGCAGCUGGGAAUGUCGAAGAAGUUUGAGCCGAUCUCGUUGGGGCAGGGGCAAGGGCCCAAAGCCCAGCGAAUGAUCGACUCGGCGAGGCAGAGCGGAG